AUGUCUAAUAAGGUCGCUACCAACAACAUUUUCGCUAGUCUUAAUGACGACUCCGAUAACGAAGCUCCCGUUAAGACCACCCAAGCUACUAAGGCUACCACUGAAGCCAAGCCCGCUCAAAAUGCCACUAAGGGUACCCACUCUAACACCAGAGGUCACAGAGAAAGAAGAGAUGCUGGUGACAACGGUGAAGAAAAGGUCAAGAAGGACGAUUCCCAAAGACCCAAGCACGUCAAGGACGGUGUCAAGCCCAAGGGUGUUCCCGCUGAACCUCACCCCUAAGACAGAAAGUCUGGUACCGGAUUCUCUGGUGUCGACAAGAAGAAAUUCAGAAAGGAAGGCGGUGGCAGAGGUAACUUUGGUACCAUCAAGGGUGAAGUCCAAUAAUUGAAGGAAGAAACCAAGGAAGUCAAGGAAGAAGUCCCUGAAGAAGUUGAAGUUGAACCUGAAGUUGUUGAUAACACCAUCCUCGCUGAAGAUUACUUCAAGAUGAACGGUUACUCCGAUGAAAAGCCCGCCCAAAAGGUUCCCGAAAGAUAACUCAACUUAGAUGAAUUGAAGAGAGAAAAGCUCGAAGUCGUCCAAUCUAAGACCGAAAAGGUUAUUGAUACCAACAUCAAGAGUGCCAACCAAAAGAAGAACAAGGGUCCCACCACCUACUCUCUUGGUUGCAACACCGAAAACUCCGAAUUACUCGGUGUCAAGUCUGGUCACACCACCCUCAAGUACAAGGUUGAAAAGGCUGGUGAUGAACUCGUCGGUAAGAUCGUUGAAUCCAAGAAGGAUAACGCUAGAGACUUCAAGGACAACAAGGACAAGAAGCCCUUCAACAAGAACAAAAAGGUCAACGUUGAAAACGAAGAAGAUUUCCCUAAAUUAGCUUGA